CUGAAACUUAAAUUUUCAAGUCCACCCUCGAUAAAUUCGAGGACACGAAUGUCUCAAUAUCUCGCAAAUCUUCAAUGUAAUUAUAUUGUCACGGGAUCUGUGCAACAGUCGAUUAUCUAAUAUUCUGUAGGUUUAUGUAGAAAGCACUUCAGCCCCUCUUGCCGGCAUUUUCAUUUGAAUACACAAACAACACCAGGCACCGUAUAAGGACGCGAUAUAUACCUGAUAACCUGCGCUGUUGCGCAUUUUAGCCUUAGCCUUAGAUAUGGAUGGUCUAUAUUUUGAUACAUUUGGCGAAUGCCCGAUCGAUAGCUCUAUCCCGACUGAUGUCCAGAGCGGUUACUCGUCUUGUUCUGAGGCAGAAGACACCCCUUGUCCCAGAUGUCUAAGAACGCGUGGAAAGCUUUGCCGGAAAUGCAAACUUAGGUUGCACGCUCAUGGCGACGCCAAAGGGAAUACCAAAUCAUCAUUAGAACUCGUCUCAGGCAAGAAAUCAAAUAUAUCAGAUGACUAUACCGCGGGACAGUAUCUAGAAAGCUUCGGCCUAUCGAAGUUUAAGAUGCCGCAUCGACUUUCAUCAGAUAAUCCGCCCACAAAACAUGACGAGCCUGCGGAAGUUAGCGGGGAAGAAACGUCGCACUAUAUGAUGUGGGGGGAGAAUAGCCUUCGCGGCUGUAAGAGACGAACCAACAGAGACCUAGGUUAUAAAAAAUACCAGGGAUGGGAGCACGUAGACUACGUGGAGUCGAGCUAUAGCAGAUAUCAAGAAUGGAACCGAAAUGGAACCCAAGAACGGAGUUAUAGCAAGUAUGAAGAAUGGCAUCAGCGGGACUACAGAGAAUGCUGGCGCAACCAACAUGAAUACCGGCCGAAGCGAUAUAGAGAACGUAUUUACUUCAUCCAGGGAAGAGCACUACAGCCCUGUCAGAUCCGGUCGAUUAAACCAGGCGUUGAUCGCGACGAACCGCGCUACAUGGCUGAGAUAUGGCAAUAUACUUCUGGCAAGCGAGCGUCAAGUACGCGCUUGGUACUUUACGGCCUGCAAAGCUGCGGGAUAUUAACACUGCCAUAUGGCAGCAGGGUCUAUGCUCAGCAGCGAAAGCUAUACCUCGAAACCCCUACCAGCUAUCCUUGGUUUAUACUUUCGAGAUGGGCUAUAGGGGCGUGUGUAAGGAUUGUCGCAAUUGCCUACGCACUCUUUUGGUAUAGAAAAUUCCCCGACCCUGUACCGGAGGAACUGGAUUAGUCUCUAUCUCUGGAGUAGGAAAUUUGACGGGGUAUAUUUGAUUUGAUGUGUUGGAAUACGUGAUAGGUAGGUAAUUCUUAUACAUGUCCGAGUAGGGCUGAAGGAAGCGAAAAGGAUGCGGCAGUAAGGUUGGUCUCUGCUUAAUUCCUGUACGCCAUGUAGGAAUCCCGAUGUUCUCCUGAAUCCUCAGCACUGGUGCUUAGGCCGAAUUAUAGAUAACGUAGUGGUAGGUUAUAUCUACAACGACGAGUGCUUACCUUGACGAUACCUAGCUUUAGGGUUUAUUUUUGCUGGCGGGGAUCACUAACCCUAAAUUCUGCGUAUGAUUUCUCUUUAACCACCAAUGAUAGCAGCUAUUGACUUAGAUAGGGCCGAGAGCAUAUCAGGCAUGAUGAAUCUGAAAUAGAGAUAUGGUGUAAUCCGUACGCCCCUAGUGCGGGAUAGAUGUGACGGAGGUAGAUUCGAGGGAUCGUAUUUUCACUUUUGGGGGCACUCCGUUAGACUGUUGGAGAAGAGGUAGGCUAUAGCUUGGAGCAUACAUACGUUUGCUCCUUCGUUGGGGGCAUAUCUUUACGCUACCAUGCUUAUUGAAAUUCACAAUUCGAGUAGUUGUACGAACAUGACAUCGCCAAAUUUUCCUAAGAGUAUAAGCGUUUGGGGUUCGUACCCGAGCCAGUCAAAAUCUGACAUAUCGCAAUCUUGAAAUUUUCAAAGCCAGCGCUAGAAAUAUGGCU